AUGACAUCGCCUGCAGAGACAGCCCAGAGCGUCCGGGAGGCCCUGGAGCCGUUCAUCCGCCCGCGAGGAGAGGCCGCCCAAAUACGACGGAUCCUGGCAGCCCAUCUGGCUUCAUGUCUGAAGAGCGACAGUGCCCUGGAGGGGAGUCUGGCGCUGGUGAACGUGUCGUGCGACGUCGAGCCGUCUGCUGAGGCCAGGGGCCUGCAGCGGGCCUAUCUGCGCGCGUUGCAGGCGAAUCUCGAAGCCCGGAGGGCGUUUGAGACGACGAGCCAAGCGGCCACGAGGCAGCAACAGCAGUACCAGAAGCAGAAGCAGCAGCAGCCGACCGACGGCGGCGCUGUUCUUCGUUUGGGAGGAGCGGAAGGAGUGGGAACUUCGGUGCUGGAGAACCACCUGGAAGAGGUGCGGCUGACUAGGAAAAAGGAGCGGCUAGAGGCAGUGCAGCGCAGCCUGGACGCGCUGGUGCAGCAGCCGGCAGCCGCAGCCGAGGAUUUUUUGCAGCAGGAAGCCAUCUACGCAGAGGCAACGCGGACGUUGCCGCCGGUGCCCAAGGCCGUCGUCGAUGGGCUCGCCGAAGACGCGACCGCGGCGGCCGAAGCGGCUGUCCAGACAGCAGGACCAGCAGGAGCAGCAGCAGGACCAGCAGCCACGGUGACAGAUCUCAAGGGCCUUGUGGCACAGCUGGAACGGGCCGUGCUGCGGGCGCAGCUGCUGCUGCGACAAGAGGAGAAGCAGCUGGCAGCAGCGCGGGCACGAGCAGCCGCCCGCGGUCCCGAGAGUGCGGCCGUGAAGCUGCAGGCCCUAGGCGCGGCACGCGAUGCGCUGAUCGGCUGGAUGGAGGAGGAACUGGGCAAUGCGGCGACCGCCGGUGAAGGCGGCCACAACGACCAGGACGACGAGGAUCACGAAGGCGACGAGUCUCUGCGGCAGCUCCGCCAGAGCUUGCUCGGGAACGGCGGCGACAGCUACCAGAACAGCCCGCGACAGCAGAUCGAGGCCGAGGUCGCCGUCGUCCGCGAAAAGUACGCCCGCUACGUCGAGGCCCGCCGCCAGCUCGUCCAGAUGGUCGGCAGCAAGGCGUCCCCCGUGGCACCGCUGUUCGCCAACAUGCCCAAGCUGCAGCCGUGGGCGGCCGAGCUGAUCCGGCCGGUCACCACCAGACAGACGGCCGCAGCUGCAGACGCUCCACAAACUACAAGUGGCCCGACGGCGACGACGACACCAACAGUCGACCCUGCAGCUACGGCAUCGCGCGUGGCUCUCGGUCACGUGCUCUUGACACCCUAUCUCGAACGCCUGCUCGCCGUCGCCCGGCAGCAAAAGGCCCUCAUCGCCCACAAGGCGCACCAUCAUAACCUGCUGGCGCGGCGGAUCCGAGAUACGUGUCAGACGCUCAACCACGUCGCCGACGAGAGCCAGCUGCUGCCGCGCCAUCCGCAGCCGGGCGGCCCAGGCCCAAGCAAGGCCGGCGGCCAGCUCACUCGUCACGUGACAGCCUGGACGUACGCCGCCGACGCCGCCAAGCUCGCCACCUUCGAGUCCGUGGCCGAGCAGCUCGAGAGCGGCGAGGAUGCGCUUGAGCAGGCUGCCCGGACCCUGGACGAGGUUGAACUGCUGCUAGGCCACAAACGAACAGAGGACGGGGGCGACGGGGCCGUCGGUGACGAAGAUGAAAAAGGCGCGACCAAGGCAAAGCGUCAGGCGACAACAAACGACGUCUGGGAGACGCUGGACGGAGAGCUGGGCCUCAUCCGGACAGAGAAGUCGUCGCGGUAA